AUGCCAAAUAAACAACCUAAAAAGAGCUAAAAGAAAAAGAAUUAAAAAAAAUAGCCAAAAUAAUAUUAAUCAAUUGAUAAUUAAGUAAACAAUACUAUUUAAAAACCUCAACAAAUAAAAUUCAGAGAAUAAGAGCAACAUUUAAUUUAAAAAUUCAUAAAUUCUAAUGAUGAAUAUAAAUUAUUACUUUUGACAGGAUAACCAGGAACAGGUAAAACUACUUUGAUUCAUUAAUGUUCUAAAUAAUGGAGAAUAAAGAAAUAUAAAAUUAUAUAUACAAAUGCUAUGGGAUUUUAAAAUUAUAAAGACGUUAUUUAAUAUUUAUCAAAACAAUUAUAAUUACGAUAUAUCAAUACUCAUGAAGAUUUUAUAAAUAAAUUACAAAAAUAAACAUCUAUCAAACAGUAAUAUCAAAUUUUAUGAUAAUUUAGGAUUAUAAUUUUUGAUGAAUUUGAAAAUUUAUUUAAUGGAAAUUAAGUUGAAACUUCAUAAAUAUUUUAAUUAUCUAAAUAUACUCAUCUUAUAGGAAUUUGUAAUAAUAUUGGAUUUUUAGAUAUGCAAUCAAAUAAAUAAUAAAUAAAAGUACCUCCCUAUUAAAAUAUUAUAUUUGAGCCUUAUACUUUGAAUUAAGUAUAAGAAUUGGUAUAAGAAUAUUAAGAUAGAAGAAAUGAAUUAACAAAUUAUGUUGCAGCAUUAGGAGAAGCAAAAUCAAUUGUUUCUGGAUUAGGUUCUGUUAGCUUUUUGCAAGUUAGUUCAAAUGAACACUAUUCUAAAUUCAGUAAAUAUAAUUAAAUAUUAUUUUUAGAGGAAGCAAAUCCAACACCUAGAGGUUAUGGAAUCAUGGUUGAAUUAUUAUUAAAAGCAUCAACAUAAGCUAAAACUCCAGAAUAAGUUGAAAGAAUAGUUGCUACAAUAUAAGGAUUAAUUGAUUCUAUUUAUGAACUUUAAAAGUAAGAAUUAUUGGUUGAUGAUGCAAGAGAAGUUGAAUUCAUUAGAUAAAGGUACUUUUUAUUAAUCUUAUAGAUAGAGAAAUUUUACUCUUAGCUAAUUAAACUUUGGCUGCAUCAGUAGCAUAAUUGAAAGCUUAAGUCUUACAUUUAUAAUAAGAUAUUGUUGAAGUAACAAAUGAUGUUAAUACUAACAAAUCAAUUGCAUCAAUUAAAACUAAAGAACUUAAUGAUUGGAUUAAAACUUGUUAAGAUGAAGAGAAGAAUCUUAGAGCCAUUUUUGAUAGUAGGUAAUUCAUUAUUUAUAAUCUGUUAGAGUUGGAUAAGUAGAAACAGUCAAUUAAAUACUCAUAAUAUUCAAUUCAGGUUUAAGUUAAGAAUUAAGAAAAUCAAUUGCAGAAAUAUAACUAAAUUGAUAAAGCAAAAUCNAUAAAAUUCAGAGAAUAAGAGCAACAUUUAAUUUAAAAAUUCAUAAAUUCUAAUGAUGAAUAUAAAUUAUUACUUUUGACAGGAUAACCAGGAACAGGUAAAACUACUUUGAUUCAUUAAUGUUCUAAAUAAUGGAGAAUAAAGAAAUAUAAAAUUAUAUAUACAAAUGCUAUGGGAUUUUAAAAUUAUAAAGACGUUAUUUAAUAUUUAUCAAAACAAUUAUAAUUACGAUAUAUCAAUACUCAUGAAGAUUUUAUAAAUAAAUUACAAAAAUAAACAUCUAUCAAACAGUAAUAUCAAAUUUUAUGAUAAUUUAGGAUUAUAAUUUUUGAUGAAUUUGAAAAUUUAUUUAAUGGAAAUUAAGUUGAAACUUCAUAAAUAUUUUAAUUAUCUAAAUAUACUCAUCUUAUAGGAAUUUGUAAUAAUAUUGGAUUUUUAGAUAUGCAAUCAAAUAAAUAAUAAAUAAAAGUACCUCCCUAUUAAAAUAUUAUAUUUGAGCCUUAUACUUUGAAUUAAGUAUAAGAAUUGGUAAAAGAUAUUCUUAAAACAACUGAAUAAAUGUAAUUGUUAUAAUUAUAUUUUAAAGGUAAUAUGAUUAGAAUGCUGUUAAAUUAAUAAUAUCUAAAACCUACAAUUAAAAAGGGGGAGAUAUGAGAUAAAUUUAAGAAAUUUUGAAUAGAAUAAUUAGAAAUGCUGAACAAGGUUUGAGUGAAAAUCAAGAUAUAAAUUUAAAUAGAUUUGAUUCUGAUAUGAAAGGAUGUGUUGAAUCUUUAGCUUUAAAUUAAUAAUUAAUUUUAAUAGGAUUGAUGAUUUUGUUAAAAUAAAAUCCAAUUGAUUUAGAAAUUGAUAUGCAAGAUUUAAUAAGGAAAGUUAAUGAAAUUAAAUAUAAAAUGAAUUUUCAAUUAAAUAUAGAUUUAGAGGAAGAAAUAAUUCAAUUAAAGAAUUACAAUGUUUUUGAUAUACGAGAAGUAAUCUAAGAAUAAAUGAAUUUUAAAGUAAAAAUAAAAAAGGUCAAAUGUAAAUUUACAUCUGAUGAAUUGAAAUAUUAAUUAUCUGAUCUUGAUGCUCUUAAAAACAUUUUACAAUAAUUAUGA